AAAGAAAAAAAGGUGACCGUCUUCUUCUCUCUGUCGAUUCUCUUAGCCGCCUGAAGAAAAAUAUCUUCUUCUUCUUCUUCUAAGCACGACUUCGCUCUGAUACUAGUGUGUUUCCAGCCAUGGCUAACGCGGCAUCGGGAAUGGCUGUGCAUGAUGAUUGCAAGCUGAGAUUUCUGGAACUGAAGGCGAAAAGGUCACACCGUUUCAUUGUUUACAAGAUCGAAGAGAAGCAGAAGCAAGUUGUCGUUGAGAAAGUCGGUGAGCCUGUCCAAACCUAUGAUGAGUUUGCAGCUUGUCUUCCAGCUAAUGAAUGCCGUUACGCCAUUUACGAUUUCGACUUUGUCACUGCUGAGAACUGCCAGAAGAGCAAGAUCUUCUUCAUCACUUGGUGCCCUGACAUAGCUAAGGUGAGAAGCAAGAUGAUCUACGCGAGCUCCAAGGACAGGUUCAAGAGGGAACUAGACGGAAUUCAAAUAGAGCUUCAGGCAACUGAUCCAACCGAGAUGGACCUCGAUGUUUUCAGAAGCCGUGCCAACUAAAAAAAGUAAACCCGAAAGUUUAUUAUCCAUUUUUCCCUUUGAGAAAGAUCUAUAUGAUGUUGUUUCGGAGUGAUAAUGUUACCAAUUUAUAUUAUACAUUUUGCUGUGAAGAAUCUAUGAAACCUAAACAGCUUCCGUUUAUAUCGCGGUGUUCUUGUGUUCAAUGUUGUUCUAAAAUGGUGUGUAAGGACCCAAAAUCGUCUAUUGAAGAUGAUGAACCCAUUUUGGUAUCAUUUUAUGAAAUGGAUGAGUAAAGUUUCUCUUUAA